AUGGCUCCAUCUCAACCACGUACCGUCCCCUCGUGCGAAGAUGACCUCGUCCUGGGGCAUCUGCUGGGUUAUCGCUAUAAGGAGGUUGUUGAGUCAGGGGGAGUGCUACUUCCCGGAAAGCUUCGCCAUAUCGAAAAGCUGGAGGGAUUUCUGAUGAGAGACGUCUUGUUUGUCUCUGUCGAUGUCGCUAGAGGACGCGAUUUUGGGAGCUGUUUCUCAGCGGAGAGUUUCUGCAUCGGCAUCUCCAUCCUGGACACCCGAAGCCUUACGAAGCCCAUUGACACAGAUACAGAAGCUGAGGCCGCAAUCAAGUCGGUUCAAUAUGUUACUAACGACUUUGAGUUCUUCAACUGGGCUGCUAAACUGUUUCGUUGCGGAGGGAUGUGGUAUGUGGACCCUGCACAAGCUGCCACCAACAUCGCCUGGCUCACACGGGACCGUAACUACGUUCUCGUUGGGUCAGAGCUACAGCGGGACUGCGAACUGCUGAAUCAGCUGAGCUUUUCGAGCUGGAAGAUUGCUGAAAGAGCUUGCUUUAAACUGGACAUUCUUCGGGCUGCGCAAUACCCGCUGCAGUUGAGGCAUCGACCCAACUUACAGUAUUUUCUCGAGACCUUUGGGAUCAAAUGCAAGCGACUCAGCUUUCCCGGGAACUACGCCCCCCUUUCUAUGAAGGCUAUGCUCUUGCUUGCUGUCCGCGAAUGGAACAUGACCGACGACCCCUUUACGGAUGCGGAUCGGAGGUUGGAGCGUAAUCUGCUCACAGUUGCCACACAUAGGCUUCCCUCGGCAAGAAUUGCCCCUCCGCCAGUGUCUACGGAGAUGCCACCUGCAGAUGCCACAGACGAGAAGGAUGAACGGGAUGAUGGAGAGGAGCCUUGGGUUCUUAUGCCUCCCGUUUGA